AUGUCCCAACGAGGUUUGGUUAAAGCUCUCCACAAUUUAGUUAAUACAGUGGCACAAUCAUAUAAUGAUUUACAAUCAGAGGUGGUGGAUAAAGAGCAAUGUCAGAGGUGUUACAAUGUUUGUAAUGAUACAAUAGACUAUUUAAAUACAAUUUUGGCAGAUCCUAAUACCACCGUUCAAGUUCGACGAUGUGUACAAGCAAACAUAGCAGUUCUUUGUUGGUACAGUAAUCAGUUUCUGCAACUUAGUGGACAGGUAGCAGGUGGUGAUUUAAGUGUGAAUAAUCAAUCUAUUAAGUGGCAAGAUCUCGAAAACGCAUUUUCCAACAACAUUAAGACAGGAUCGAUAAUCAACCGCUCUCACACUGACCUGAGAGAUUUUUUGAAUGUCUCUAGAGACAUUGUCCUGGAUAAAAUCCAAGAAAUGCUGGAAAACGUUGCAGGUGUUAAAGUAAACGUUGAACUAUUUUGCAAAUUCAGGAAAAAUACAUCAGUUGAAGAAGAAGUUAAAUCAUUCAACACCAAGAGUCGGGCUAUUUUACCUGCAACAUCUUUAGCUGAGUGGUAUACAGACUUUGUAUACGAAAAAAUGUUAAACAAGGUGGAAGAAUUUAAUCAAAAAGAUUCAGGGUGGAGUUUGACGGAAAUUACCAAUCUGGUGGUAACAAUGUCAAAAUACACACCUCUGCAAGGAGGGACUUCAACUUUUGUGAGGCUUCCUCGAGAUAUCCAGAUGAAACGAGCUGUUCUCAACAUAGAAAAUUUCGAUGAGUACUGUUUUCUAUGGAGCGUCGUAGCUGCGAUUCAUCUUCCUAACACUGGACAUCCUGAAAGAACAUCGGCGUAUCCUCAUUAUAGUGCUGUCCUAGAAUAUACAGGUAUUAAAUUUCCUAUGACACUUAAGCAAAUCCCACAGUUUGAAAGAUUAAAUGAUUUAACAAUAAAUGUAUAUGAUCUUUCACGAUUAGUUAAAAGUCAGAUAUCAGCUUCGAAAAGCAAAUUAUUUUUUUGUGAUCGAUGUUUAAAUCAUUUUAAACUGGAAAAAUCGUUUGAAGAUCAUAAAAAAGACUGUUUCACAUUAAAUAAAGUUCACAUGACGUUUCCGACUGAAGAAAAUAAAAUUUUAAAGUUUAAAAAUUACCAGUAUAAAGAUAUCGUACCAUUUGUUGUCUAUGCAGACCUAGAGUGUACACUUGAACCUCAAAAAAAUGAUAAUUCUGACAAACAUAUACCACAUAGUAUCGCAUUUUAUCGUUUUUGUAGUUAUAAUAACAAUUUAUCUAAAUUUGAACUGAAUCGAUCACAAACCUGCAUCGAGUGGUUUGUAAAAAAAUUAGAAUGUUUAGCAUUAGAAGUCGAAUCAUACUUAAAAAAUCCUGUUGCUAUGAAACCUCUGUCGAGACAACAAAAAGAGAGUCAUGAGCAAGCAACUGUUUGUCAUAUUUGUGAAAGGUCUAUAACUUCUGCUACAGAUAAAUGCUACGAUCACUGUCAUUUUACUGGUAACUAUCGCGGUCCAGCUCACUUAUCUUGUAAUAUAAAUUAUAGAAAAUCUCACACUAUACCAAUAGUAUUUCAUAAUUUAUCUGGUUACGAUUCCCAUUUUAUAAUAAAAUCUUUAUCAACCGUUUUCGAGGGUAAAAUUACAUUAUUACCAAUUAAUAAAGAACGUUAUAUAUCUUUCACGAAGUAUGUCGAAAACACAUCAGUUUGCUUACGUUUUAUAGAUUCAUUCAGGUUUAUGGCUUCUAGUCUUGACAAAUUAGCAUCUAAUCUGAAUGAUUGUGAUAAACAAAUUACUCAACAACAUUACAAUGAUCCGGAAAAAUUUAAAUUAGUAACUCGAAAGGGUGUAUUCCCAUACGAGUACAUAACUGAUAUUGACAAACUUAAUGACAAACAGCUGCCUGAUCAGGACUCAUUUUAUUCUAAAUUAUCGAACGAUGGUGUAUCUUAUAAUGAUUAUUCUCUUGCUCAAUUAGUGUGGAAUAAAUUUGAUAUUAAAACAUUAGGGGAAUAUUCAGAUUUAUAUUUAAAAACAGAUGUACUUCUUUUAGCUGACAUAUUUCAAAAUUUCAGACAUAAUUGUAUGGCUACUUAUAGCUUAGAUCCUUUACAUUACUAUACAGCGCCGGGACUUGCCUUCGAUGCGAUGUUAAAAUAUACAAAUGUUGAACUCGAGUUAUUUACCGAUCCUGAAAUGAUGCUAUUUAUUGAAAAAGGUAUCAGAGGUGGUGUAUCUCAGUGUACAAAUAGGUAUGCAGUGGCCAAUAAUCGUUACAUGGGAUCCAGCUUUGAUCCUAAUAAAGCUGAAUCCUAUUUAAUGUAUUAUGAUGUGAAUAAUUUGUAUGGUGCUGCUAUGAGUAUGCCGCUACCAAAAGGUUCAUUUGAAUGGGUUUACCCGCCUGACGAUCUAUCUUUUGACGUCGAUAACCUAGAUCAAUUUUUAAACGACAUCGAUAGCAUUGGCUAUGUAUUAGAAGUUGAUCUACAUUAUCCUCAGGAAUUGCAUGAUCUACAUAAAGAUUUACCACUAUGUCCUGAACAUUUUUCACCACCGGGUAGCAAAGUUUUAAAAUUCGAACAGUCACUCUGGCUCAAGUCAUAUAUCGAUAAAAAUACAGAUUGUAGAAAAGCUGCUAAAAAUGAGUUUGAAAAAGACUUUUAUAAACUUAUGAAUAAUGCUGUAUUUGGUAAGACUAUGGAAAAUGUUAGAAAAUACAAAGAGAUUCAUAUAGUGACAAGAUGGGCCGGUAGAUAUGGCGCUGCUGACUAUAUUUGUAAGCCUAAUUUCCAUAGUCUUACUGUUUUUGACGAGAAUAUGAUAAUUAUUGUAUUGAAGGCGGCAAAAGUACGCUUUGACAAACCAAUCUAUGUUGGUUUUUGUAUAUUAGAUUUAUCAAAAACUUACAUAUAUGACUUCCAUUAUAAUUAUGUGAAACAAAAUUUUGCAAACAAUGAAUCGAAAUUAAUGUACACUGACACUGAUAGUCUUAUUUACCAUUUUAUUGUACCGGACAUCUAUGAGAUCAUCAAACGUGAUAUUGCCAAGUUUGACACCUCUGAUUAUCCACCUGAUAAUGUUUACAAUAUACCACUAGUUAAUAAAAAAGUUUUAGGUCUGAUGAAAGAUGAGAAUAAUGGUAAAAUUAUGACUGAAUUCACUGGACUUAGAGCAAAGUUGUAUGCUUUUAAAAUUUAUAAUGAAGAUCAGGUAAAAAAGCGAGCUAAAGGUGUUAAACGUCCGACUUUGCGAACUAUCACUUUUGAAGAUUUCAAACGAUGUUUAGAAGAUCAUGUAAAUUUAAGUAAGAAACAAUAUGUAAUUAAAAGUAACAAACAUAGUGUUAGUACAAUAGUUCAAAAUAAGAUAGCUUUGAGUUGGGAAGAUGACAAACGUCAGCUUCUGUUAAACAGUACUGAUACCGUACCAUGGGGUUACAAAGUAUCAAGAGAUGAUAUUAUGACUAUACCGAGACCAAAUAAAAGACGAAAAAUGUAA